AUGCAUAGUGCCACCAAUUUUGUUGCCCCCACCUGUCUCUCAGUACUGAGGUUCAAAUUGAUGGGAAACAUUUUUUGCUUCAGAAACCGGCUGUACUUUGAAAAAAUGGGUGACAAAAAGAAGGUUAAGUUGAGUUUUGCUGAGAACUUUGCUCUCAGUGGUGCUGCAGCUGUCAUCUCAAAGACUGCCGCUGCCCCCAUCGAGCGUGUGAAACUUCUCGUCCAGAAUCAGGAUGAGAUGAUCAAACAGGGUCGUCUUUCUGAGCCAUACAAGGGUGUCAUUGAUUGCACAACUAGAACAUUUAGAACUGAGGGUCUUCUUCCCUUCUGGAGAGGUAACUUGGCAAACUGCAUCAGAUAUUUCCCCACACAAGCUCUGAACUUUGCAUUUAAAGAUCAGAUCAAAAAGGCAUUUGCUUUCAAAAAAACCGAUGGAUAUGCCGUGAAGUUCAGCAAGAAUGUAGCAUCAGGAGGAGCUGCUGGGGCUAUGUCCCUUUGCUUUGUGUAUUCCUUGGACUAUGCAAGAACCAGGUUAGCCAAUGAUGCUAAAUCUGGAACCAAAGGAGCUACUAGAGAAUUCAAUGGUCUUAUUGAUGUCUACCGUAAGACCUUGAAAUCUGAUGGUAUUGGUGGUCUCUAUCGUGGUUUCGUCAUCUCUUGCGUAGGAAUUGUUGUAUACAGAGGUUGCUACUUCGGAUUCUACGACACAAUCAAACCUAUUGCUCUUGGAGAAGAUGCUGGUCUGCUUGCAUCAUUUGUUCUAGGAUACGUCGUAACUAUCAGUGCUGGACUUGUAUCCUACCCCAUUGACACCAUUAGACGUCGUAUGAUGAUGACAUCAGGACAGGCUGUUAAAUACAAUGGAUCCAUCGAUUGCUUUCUCAAGAUUGUCAAGGCUGAAGGAUUCAUGUCCCUAAUGAAGGGUGCAGGCGCCAAUAUUCUGAGAGGUGUAGCUGGAGCUGGUGUACUGUCUGGAUUUGACAAGUUCAAGGAAAUCUACAUUAGCUUCCGUGCUGGGCAGUGAUAACUGUGAACAUUAGGAAAUUGAAUGUGUGGGAAAUCUAAAUAGUUCAAUUGAAAGCUUUUGGCAUGUCUGGACUAUUUGGAGAUUCUACCAUUGUUAUAUAUGUAUAUGUUAUAUUAAAACAAGCUAGAGACU